AUGUCCCUUUUCGGCACAUCGCCAGAAGAGCCCUCUGCGGCGGCCUCUACCCCGAGGCCCAAGUCCUCACUUUUCGCCGACGACUCCAUCGGUGGCUCCUCGUCCCUCUUCGCGGAUGACACCGGCGACGACAGCUCCUCGUCACCCUGGAAUCCCCAGAAUAAUACGGCGAAGCGCACAGCCCGACGGGACCUAGUCCGCACGUUGCUCCCUGUUUCUGAUGUGCCAGAGAGCUACGUUGAUGCCUACGAUCUCAUCUUGAAUAGCGGAGAUAGGGUGGGGGCUGGUGUCGGCCUCACCUCGAUUCGAGAGCUCUUGUCCAGUAGUGGGCUGAGCGCAUCAGACCAAGGCAAGAUUUUGAAUCUUGUGGUCUCGGGUGACCACGAGAGCGCGGGUGGAUUGGGUCGCAGCGAGUUCAAUGUGUUGCUAGCACUGAUCGGCCUUGCGCAGCAAGGAGAAGACCUGUCUUUUGAUUCGGUUGACGACCAUCGCAAGAGACUCCCGCAGCCGAAUAGCGGCUUCCUCGAUCGACUACGAACGAUGAACGACUCCCAAUCUAGUGGUGCAUUUGAACGACCAGUUACACCCCCGGCACAGCCAUCUCUAAUCCAAGAACCCAAUUCCGCACGGUCUCGCCGCUCGCGACGGGAGUCUCUAGGCGGCCUCGAUUCUGAUCCUUGGGGAAGUCCGGAGUUGCAUCGGAACCACAACCAUGGAUCUCUUGCCUCUGAUCAACGGAUUGUAAAUGGAUACGGGAGUAUGCGCUCCACGUCCAACGCUUGGUCGACAUCCAGGGCCGUUGAAGAGACACACCAGAGCAACAAUGAGGUCCCACAGCAGGGUCGCAGCGUAGCUCCAGCUGAGACAGCGGCACUGCCGCCACCCAGCAGUUCAGGAUCUGGAUGGGGAGGUAAUAUUGGAACUACCUCGGAUGAGGGCGGAUUUGCAGGUGCUCCGCGACCGGGCCUCGGUGGCUUUGGGCCUCCUAGCGAUGAGCCUGGGGAUAUCGCACCUCGGCGUCGAUCCAUAGGUAUCACCCGUACUACGAACCCUCAGGUAGCAGAGACUGUCACGAUCACCCUUCUGCCCGAGAAAGAGGGAAUGUUCAUGUUCCAGCAUCGCAACUACGAGGUCAAGUCAGCGCGCCGAGGCAGCACCGUCGUGCGUCGGUACAGUGACUUUGUCUGGCUGUUGGAUUGCUUACAAAAGCGAUUCCCAUUCCGACAGUUGCCCCUUCUCCCACCGAAGCGGGUUUCAGUGAAUGGUACUCACCUAUCAGCGGAUUCAAACUCUUUUCUGGAGAAGCGGCGCCGUGGACUCAUUAGAUUUACCAAUUCCCUUGUUCGCCACCCUAUCCUUGGCCAGGAGCAGCUGGUCGUGAUGUUCCUGACUGUCCCUACUGAACUUUCGGUAUGGCGUAAGCAGGCUACGGUCUCGGUCCAGGACGAAUUUGAAGGCCGAACCCUCCCACCUGACCUCGAGGACUCAUUGCCCGCCGAUCUCAACGAUACCUUUGAAACCGUGCGCAGCGGUGUGAAACGCUCCGCCGAAAUCUAUAUCAACCUGUGUACUCUGCUCGAGCGAUUGGCCAAGCGAAAUGACGGGCUUGCGGCUGAUCACCUGCGCUUCUCCCUGGCUCUGCAGUCUCUGACCGAGGUGACAAAGGACACGUACGCCGUCGACACUAAUGAUAUUCCAGGCCUGAACUCUGGUAUCACCGCCACUGCCCGACACCUUUCGGCCAGCCAAAGCCUGUUGGAAGAUGAGGCCCGGGCCUGGACCGACGGCGUGUUGGAAGAUCUCAAGGCACAGCGAGACUGCCUGGUCAGCGUACGUGAGAUGUUUGAUCGGCGGGAUCGGUUGGCGCGGAACAAUAUCCCACAGCUCGAGCGGCGCAUCGAGACCAAUGAGCGCAAGCUACAGGACUUGCGGGCUCGACCGUCGGGCACCGUGAAGCCUGGCGAGGCCGAGAAGGUGGAGGACUCCAUUUUCAAGGACAAAGAGUCGAUUGUGCAGCAGCACGCGCGGGGGGUGUUCAUCAAGGAGUGCAUCCGUGACGAACUUGCCCACUUCCAGCAGAGCCAGUACCACAUCAGCCGUCUGCACCAGGACUGGAGCCAGGAGCGAGUCAAAUACUCCGAGUUGCAGGCGGAUAAUUGGCGGGGGCUCAGUGAUGAGAUUGAGGGAAUGCCGACUGGAGAGUAG